AUGGCCUUCAGACUCUCCGCGACGAGGUCAAUCCUCUCGCUCGCGACUCAGUGCCCGCUCGCAAGCCGGCCGACGACGAGCCCCCUCCUCAGAUGUGCCGCCGCCGCACCUUCUAGUCGCACCUUCUCAACGACACCCGUACCGCAAACGAAGACGGUCAAGGCGCACCGCCUGCCCCAGGAGCUGAUCCCGCCGUAUCCCUACGGCGAGCGCCGCAUCUACAAGCAGUCGAACCGCGGCUUGUACGGCAGCGCGCGGAUUCGGUACGGCAACAUUGUCGCGGGCCGAGGCAACAAGACGAAGCGGUUCUGGCGGCCCAACGUGCACGUCAAGGCCUUUUACGUGCCCGCCCUGGGUGCGCGCAUCAAGACGCGCCUGACGCUGCGUGUGCUCAAGACGAUCCGCCGCGAGGGCGGCCUUGAGAACUACCUCCUCAAGAGCAAGCCCGCGCGCCUCAAGGAGCUCGGCCCCGGCGGCUGGAACAUGCGCUGGCUGCUGAUGCAGAGCCAGGCCGUCCAACAGCGCUUCAACGAGGAGCGCAUCGCUCUGGGCAUGGAGCCCAAGGAGAUUGAGGACCGCGAUGACUUGAUCCGCUUUGCCCUCGACUUUGCCACGCCGGGACCCCUGAGUGUCCGCAGCAAGGAGACGCUCGAGGAGCUGCGCGCCGCGUUUCAUCGCGCCCUGGUGCUGGGGAAUGAAGACUUGGCGAGCUUGGAGGAUAUCGAGGAGCUUUCGGAUGAGGAGGAAGCGAGGCUGCUGCAGCAGCUCGACGAGGCGGAUGCGCUAGAGGCUGCGCAAGCCGAUACCCAGGCCGACCAGAAGCAGACGCAACUGUAA